UCGGCCAGCUUUGAACGUGAAAUUCGUGUUUCGUUUUCGUUUUACCCGCUGUUUCGCUUACAAUCGCAAGCACACUUUACUCCGGGUUUCGGUGCAAUCUCCAUUCCUUCUCUGUGAUAAGCUGUAAGCUGUUGAUGAUUAUCUGCACUAUCGUUUGUUUGUUUGUUCAUUGAUCAUAAGCCCCCGGGCAGAAUCGUUGUGUCCAUUCCCGUAGUACUAUCGCGUUGCACUCCUGCCGUUCGCCGUAUGCUUGUGCAAUAGGCCAUUCAAUCGGCGCGCGAGUUAUAAUUUAAUUAGCUUUGUUUUAUUUGGUCAAAACAAUAAAACACAAACGCAUCACCCCAUCGUCAUGUCUUCCGAUUGGGAGGUUGUUGGCAAACAGAAGAAAGCCCGUAAACAGACGGGCGGCGACAAAAAAACGCAAUCCCAGAAUGCAUCCGAGAGUGCUCCAAAAAUAGAAGAUACGGCUGACAUGGAUGAAAUUUGUUCCCUGUACACCGAUGUGAAGGACGAUCUGCUUGCGAAAUUUAACGGCCUGAAGGAUGCGAACGGGAAGGCCGACCCGAAAAAGACUGCGAUCGUUAACGGCAAGCGGACGGCAACACCUGUACGUGAACAGCAGCAGAGCGGUAACAAAAGCAAUCAAAAGGAAGCCGAACCCGCCAAACAAACGGCUCCGUCUAAGCCAACUUACAAGAAUUUAGAUGCAGCCUUACGUGCGAUCAGUGCCCCCGAUCUGCACUCCCAGCUUACGGCCGUGAACGUGAGCUUCAAGGACAAUCAUUUGAUGCUGCUGAAGGCACUGACUGGAAUACUGAACGAUAAGCUGCGUGUGGACGAAACGGAUCCCCUGUACAGCAACAAACCUGUUAGCUAUCCGUACAAAUCGAUGCCCAAACCGUUGCGCGAUCUUAUUGACGAUUGUAUCACUAAAGCAAACGAGGAAAAUGGGAAAUAUUUCUAUGAUCUAACGCUGUCCAAUUUGGCCAGUGAUAUGAACAAGGGUUUACCCCAUCUCGGACACAAGAUAGUGCUGCAAGCCAUAGCAAUGCACUAUCCUUCGGCCUGUGUUAACAAUCUGGCGCGCAAUGCAAUCCUACGAAAUUCAUACCAGAAUCGUACUAACAUUGGCCUUAGCUUGCUCUGGGCUUUAGGCCAGGGCGGCUAUAAUGAUCUGGACGUGGGCUUGAAGGUGUGGCAAGACAUCAUGGUGCCGGUGAUGGAGCUGAAAAACUACAACCGGUUCACGUGUGAUUAUGUACAGCGUAUCCUAAAGCUGCAUCGUUCACAUAGACUCAACCUAAGCGGUAGCGAGUUCCUCACCAUUCUGAGCUCAUUGACGACGCAACCGAAAGCGUACCGGGAGCUGGAUGAAUCGGCUCAACUGCUGGUGGAGCGGUAUGUGUUCAGCGCACCGAAAGCAUCGGCCACCUUUGCAAUGCUGUUCAAGAACAUCUCCUUCAUCACGCGUCCGGAAAUGAUUUACUACGGUCUGGCGCUGUGCCUUUUGGAAGAUCCCGAAAGUGCUUCCGUGUGGUUGAGUCUGUAUCGAAACAAUGUGGACACUUCGUUCGCAAUACUGAACUACCUAAAUGCUGCGAAUCAAAAAUAUUGUAGUAAACUGUUAGGAGAGGAUCACUUUAUAAGGUUUUUAUCGGAAGUGGAUAAGCUGAAUGAAGAAUUAUUACUGUCAAAGAAGAAAACGGAAGGACUGAAAUCCGUUACGAGUAUACUGAAGGAAGUUCAGGGCAAAUCGAAGAAGAAGCAAUCGUCUAAAGCGAGCAGUAAAUCUUCUUCCUCGGUGACGUCCGUCCUCUGCAGCUUCCUGCUGGCCACAUUCCUGCUGUUCGGUGUUACAGGCGCCCUCAUAGGCUUUGACACGUACCGGGCCGGCGGCAAGUUCGAGGCUUCGUUCACCGGUCAAACGCUAAAGCAGGCCGGACUGCUGCCGGCAGUACAGGAUGCAUGGACCUGCACGAUGAAGUACAGUGCCCGGGGCUACAAGUGGGCCGAAGCGAAUGUACCGGUGUACUAUCAGGCUACCAGCAAGGCCCUUGGACCAUACGUAGAAUUUUCGAUAGACUUUGGUAAAGUUCUCUGGAAUGGCACGAAGAAGGGUUUCGCAAAUGCUAAGUUGCUGGUCGAACAGAAGCUACCAGUGGUGGCCGAAUUUGUUGAACAGUACGCACCGGGACUGCCGAAGAAGAUUGGCGAUGCAUCAUGCGCGUUCUGUGACACCGUGUGUACCUUCGCGUCCAAUGCGUACAAGCACACGUACGAGUUCUUCAAAACACAGGUGUUUGUUGGGAAACUUUCCAUGGAAAGCUUGGGAAAAGCCUUCAACAGUACCCAACAGGCUGCUGCUCUGUACUAUAGUUGGUUCAACGAUCAGGUUGAUUUCUAUGCCAAACUAAAGUAGAACGACCCAACGUCAACGUCGGCAGCAGCAGCAACCCACAACAGCAAGAACAACAACAACAACAAAAAUAUCUCUAAAUAAAACUGCUUCGACCGUUGGCGGAACCAGCCAGCAGCCGGAGCAGUGUACCGUCGGACGCUGUGUGUUUCCAUCGACGUUAAUAUAGUUGAUCGACGAUCUGCGAUCGUUUGUUCAAUUGUACCAUUUACCAUCAUUAGAAGAGAGCGAUCGGCAUAAAAAGAAAGGAAGGAAAUUUUUGGGGGAUGAAAAGAAUAACGACGAACGCGACGCGAAUCAUUAGGAAAAAUGGCAAAAGUGUGUAAUUGUUUCUAGCAAUAAGUGGAAAGUGGAAUAAAAAGAAUGUGUGUGUGAGAGAGAGAGAGAGAGUACUCAUAAAGUCAUACGUACAUAAAAGGAUGGAGAAUUCAUCAUCUUUCGUUGCAAACUCAAAUGGCUUAACACGGUGCACUUUGUAACGCAUUAAGAAAGGUGCAGCACAACACAUUACCGCCAGGACAGGGAAGAUUCUUUUCAACUCGUUUGGAAGAUAAUACGCUAGACUGUUUUUUUUUUGUUCCGUGCGUGUGUUUUGUGUGUGUGCGUGUGUGUGUUAAACUCGUUAAUGAGAGUGUCUCAUUGAAUCAACAUCGUCUCCCCAUUUUCCUCGUUGCAUACUAUUGUGCGUUUUGUUUAGUGUUAAAUACUACUGACCAUGAAUGGAAAACGGGAAACAGGCACACGCAGUGAAUGGAAUUAAAUUUGAUUGUACAUGAGGUAUAUGAGCAAACGACAUUAAAAGCAAAAGUUUGUCAAAGGUUGAUAAAAAAGGGAGAAUAAAUAAGCCAUAAAGAAAACAAUACCCUCAUCUUGUGUGGCUAAAGAGAACAAGUAGUCAACAGUAAAGAAAAAUAGAAAGCUUUAGGCGCAUAACCAACCGGGGCCUGCUAUUUCAAGAUGGAGUUUGGGGGACUCCACCAACAAACUGCCCCUUCCAUCCGUCGUCUCCUGAGGUGCGGUCGCUUUCUCCGAUGGACAAACUUUUUUAUAAUUAUUCUUUUUCUCUAAUUUAAGAAACCGGAACUACACAUUGUAACACACAUGAAAGUCAAUAAUAGGGCGCAGUAUGUUAAAUGAAAGGUUAAUUCAUACGAUAGUUCCCGCCACUCUUCCCUGCACAGUGUUAAGCCGAGUAAGCUCCCGAUCCUUUAUCUAUUCCCUCAGCCAAUCAGGAAAAAAAAACAAUUGACGCAAUGAUGUUGUAUUAAAAUUAAUACCAUGAAACCAGCUCGGGAAAGAACAGGAAGAGAACAUUAAAAAGGAACUGAAAA